UGCUGGAGAGAGAGAGAGAGAGAGAGAGCCAAACAUGUCUGGGAUCACCGCUAAUGACGCCUGUAAUGACUGUCUAACAUCAGCGCAGCAUCUGAACUCCACGGAAAUCCACUCCCAUUCUCACAUUGAUGAAGAUGAUGAACUUCUCAAGUAUAUCUGGAGGGAAUAUCUGCAUCCUAAACAGUAUGAAUGGGUGCUCAUAGCUGGAUAUAUCAUAGUUUUCCUUGUCUCUCUGGUCGGAAACACCUUGGUCUGUUUUGCAGUUUGGAAAAACCAUCACAUGCGCACAGUGACUAACUACUUCAUCGUGAACCUGUCCUUCGCAGACAUUCUGGUCACAAUCACAUGUCUUCCUGCAAGUCUUGUGGUGGACAUUACAGAAACCUGGUUCUUCGGACAGACCCUGUGCAAGAUAUUACCUUACUUACAGACAAUCUCUGUGUCUGUAUCGGUUCUGACACUGAGCUGCAUUGCCCAAGAUCGCUGGUAUGCUAUCUGCCACCCCCUGAAGUUUAAGAGUACUGCCAAAAGAGCCCGCAAGAGUAUCAUUCUGAUCUGGCUGGUUUCCUGCGUCAUCAUGAUUCCACAAGCCAUUGUCAUGGAAUGCAGCAGUCUGCUUCCAGAGCUCACCAACAAAACCAGCCUGUUCACCGUGUGUGAUGAGCAGUGGGCAGAUGAAAUCUACCCUAAAGUGUACCACACCUGCUUCUUUAUUGUCACUUAUUUAGCUCCUUUGUGUUUGAUGGUCCUGGCAUACAUUCAGAUCUGUCACAAACUCUGGUGUCAACAGAUUCCUGGAGCAUCAUCAGUGCUUCAAAGGAAAUGGAAGCCGCUGCAGUGUUCCGCCCAUGCUGUAGGCUUGGGAGAAUCAGUGAAGGUGAGAAGCAGCACCGUUUCAGCGGAGAUCAAACAGGUUAAAGCUCGACGGAAGACAGCACGCAUGCUGAUGGUGGUGCUGUUUGUGUUUGCGCUCUGUUAUCUGCCCAUCAGUGUUCUCAACAUCAUGAAGAGAGUAUUUGGUGCUUUUAAGAACACAGACAACAGAGAGAGUGUCUAUGCCUGGUUCACCUUCUCACACUGGCUUAUAUACGCCAACAGUGCCGCCAAUCCAAUUAUCUACAAUUUUCUCAGUGGUAAAUUUCGAGAGGAGUUCAAAGCAGCGUUCAUCUGUCAUUGUUCCGAUACAGAUGAGACACACCAGGAGAGAGUCAGAGCAAGAACCAGCACAGAUAGCCGCAAAUCCAUGUCUACCCAAGUAAACAACUUUGACAACAUCUCCAGGAUAUCUGACCAGGCUGUGUAGCUCCAUCAUGAGAAGGGUUUGCUGAGUUAAUCCUGCGGACUGCCACUUCACAAGUCACCACCGCUGACUAGAAGAACACAGACAUGCCAUAUGCAAGACUUACAGAUAGAAGGAUUGAACAGACCUAUUAGCCCUUGUGAAUUACCCACAGUUUUGGAAAACUACAUUGUGUCUAA